AUGGCUCCCCCGGAGACUUUUGUGCCUGCUGCUACCACUGUGGCUGGCGGAGGCGUCCUGAACAAGAAGGGGUCAGAGCCGGUCACGCCGAGGACUCUUUUCAAUGGGGUCCAGGGUCCGUUUAACACGGAGGCGGUUAACGCGCUGUCAGUGAAGACUUCGGCGCUGCGCAUCAACGAUUCGCAAGAGGAGGGAAAGGACAACAAGGCUACGUCAGGCGCGGAUCCAGGGAACCGUCUGACCCCGUCGGCACAGGACAAUGCGAAAGGCAAAGAGGCAGUCAAGGACGCGGAGGAGGAUGAGGGCUACCUAAGCGAUGAUCCUGACGAGUGCCAUGACCCGGAGGUGAUUAACGACAUCGCGGCGCACGCGGGCUUCGCCAUCACGCUACUCGUACCUUUCAAAUGGAUUGACGAGGUCUCACGCACGAUUGACACGGUCAGCGAGCUGCUCCGCCUGUGGGAGGGACACAUGAAGGAAAACGCGAGGUCCACGGCCAAGAUUCAUAAGCUGUCGCCGGUGUGGCUUUCUAAGGAGCAUUUUGGUCGCAUUCAAGUGGUGUUUGUCAGCGCUGCGGAUGCAAAUUUCAUGUGGAGCAAGAAGGUGGAUCAUUUCACGGCGAACAAUGUGCGGCUGACGCUCGGCUGGCAGCAUCCGGAAAACCAGGAGUACCUGAAGGAGCGCUCGGCGAGACAUGAUGCCAUCGAGGUGCUGCUGAAGAACGUCCCGUCGAUCAUCUCGCCGGAGAUGGUCAGGAAGAGGUUGGUAACAGCGACCCUGCUUAAGCGCAAGCGUACCGCAUUCCUAGAGGGAACAGCCUUUCACAGGGUGGUGGAUCCGGUGACGAGGUCAGACACGGACAAGAUUAAGGGGCUGGUGUACCGCCACCCUGGGGAUAAGCAUAAGUGGUAG